AUGGCGUGCAGUGAGUUUCGGGCCAAGACUCCGAAGGACAGGAAGAUCAUAGUCGACAACCACAGACUGUGCUCCAAUUGUCUGGGCAACCAUGCCUUCUCCAAAUGCCCGUCGACCAAGACGUGCAUCCUGUGCAACGCGAAACACCAUUUGCUUUUGCAUGACGCCACUUCAUCGUCUUCGCCGCCAGCGAUCGCCGAGGCCAGUGCGCUAACGGUCUCGCAACCACGCAAGAACCACAAGGCCAUCCUGCUGGCCACUCUCUCUCUGCUGCACGCCUCUCCGUCAACGAUGUCUAUGGCAUUCCACAUAAACGACUCAAACUGCAACGUGCCAAAUCCACCUUCGCCAUUUUCGGAAUCGGACGAACUCUUUCCGGGACAGCUCCGAGGAAAGGUCACGUUGCAACUCACUUUCACGGUGACUGGAGCGACCAUCUCUGCAGUUGCUGUCGUGCUGCCGCGCUUGUCGCUGUAUCAAAGCACAGGUUCUCAGCAGGGCAACGCAUGGCCACACCUUCAAGGUCUCCCUCUAGCAGACCCCGAAUUUUCAGCGACAGAUACCGUCGAGCUUCUGCUCGGAGCCGAGGUUUGUUCCGUCAUAAUCGAGGAAGGCCUUCGCAAGGGUGAAGUCGACGCUCCCAUUGCUCAGCAUACGAUCUUCGGCUGGAUUCUGUCAGGAGGCUCAUCCGACACAUCGCUUCACGAAGCCGCCUCAUGCCAGUGCUCCAUCGAGCAUGAACUCGUCAAACUGGUUCGGCAGUUUUGGGAGCAGGAGGAGGAGGCCAAGCCCUCCGUCACCUUAACGCCCGCAGAGCAGAAGUGCGAGGACCAUUACGCCAGCACACACUCUCGGCUCCCAACCGGACGCUACAUGGUGUGGCUCCCGCUCAAGACGCAGCCUGCUGCUCUCCACGAAACCCGCCGGUCAGCCGUGCAUCUUCUCACCUCCAUGGAACGGAAGGGCGCCCAGGAUGUCCGGUUCGGACACAUGUACCAUGCCUUCCUAAAAGAAUACGAGGACCUGGGGCACAUGACGGAGGUGAACGCCACACGGCUAGGUGAGUUAGUAUGCUACUUACCACAUCACGGCGUUCUUCGGGAGUCAAGCUCCACCACGAAGCUCCGGGUAGUGUUCAAUGGAUCACAGCGCGUCUCGACCGGUGAAUCGUUGAAUUCGAAUCAAUACAUCGGAGCUAACCUCUUAUCUGGCUUGUCUGACGUUCUAUCGCGAUGGCGUCGGCAUCGAUUCGUGAUGAUAGCUGACGUCGAAAAAAUGUACCGUCAGAUACUGGUACAUUCAAACGACAGGAACUUCCAGCGCAUCUUGUGGCGGAAGCAGCAAUCAGAAGAAGUGCGCGAAUAUAAAUUGAAUACUGUCACAUACGGGCUAGCCAGUGCACCGUUUCUCGCAAUCCGGACACUACGGCAAUUGGCCGACGACGAGCACUUCCGGUAUCCGCUCGGCGCGACAGUUUUUCAGCGGGACUGCUACGUGGACGACAUUGUCACCGGCGCAAACACAAUUCGCGACGCGAUAGUUGUUCAGACACAGCUGCGAGAGUUGUGCAUGGCAGGCGGAUUUCCGCUCCGAAAGUGGGCAGCCAACAAUGAGGAGUUGCUCGCCGGAAUUCCUCUCGCGCAUCGUCUGGAGACAACCUCUCACGCAUGGGAGGGCGAAAACCAUUCGACUCUCGGUUUGAGGUGGUUUCCCGCCGCCGAUAGCUUCGGAUUCAAGAUAAAUCCGCGAAAGAUUGCCACUUUUACCAAACGAAUGGCACUAGCGGAAACAGCUCGGCUGUUUGAUCCACUCGGAUGGCUCGCGCCCGUUGUAGACCGCGCAAAAUUCCUGAUCCAGUCCGCCUGGAUGCAGGGGCUGGAUUGGGACACACAACUGCCUUCGACCGACGCGCGCACAUGGCAUCUAAUUGACGAACUCCCAGUUCUCGAGGGGGUGCGGAUACAACGCUGGGUGGGCACUGGAGAUAGCAAGGCAAAGCUUGAGCUGCACGGCUUCGCCGACGCGUCUGAGCGUGGUUUCGCGGCAGUGCUCUAUCUUCGUGUUACAGCAACGUCAGGUGACAUUUCCGUGCGUCUUCUCGCGUCUAAAACACGGGUGGCUCCGUUGAAACAAGUAUCCAUUUCUCGUCUCGAACUCUGUGCGGCCACAAUUUUAACAAAUCUCGUGCACCAUUACCAAGACACGUUGGAAGUGUCUACCGCCCACACGCACUUAUGGUCAGACUCCACAGUGACCCUGCACUGGAUCCGGGAGCACUCGUCAAGGUGGAAGAUGUAUGUCGCGAAUCGAGUAUCGCACAUACAACAGCGUCUUCCGGACGCAAAAUGGCAUCACGUUCCUGGAGAGGAUAAUCCGGCCGACUGUGCCUCUCGAGGCCUCUCUCCACAGGAACUUCUCAAUCACUCGCUCUGGUGGGACGGGCCCGCGUGGCUUAAACUCGAUCAAUCCUGCUGGCCGCGCGACCCGGGCGACGACCCGGCCGAGGAAGUUUUGGAGCAACGAGUGUUUACUCACGUUACCAAGGUAGACACUUCAGAACCCGACUUGCUGCUCCGUUACUCAGCCUUGCAUCGCCUUCUCUGCACCACAGCUUGGUGCCUGCGAUGGCGCCGCAAUGCGAGUUCGGCCCCACCAACGGCGGGCAAGUCCACGAGCCAAGUUCUCACGCCUGACGAAAUUGCCUGCGCACUCCGCACCUGGCUUCGCGUUGUGCAGAAACUGCAUUAUGCGAAGGAGGUCACGGCACUGGAGACGAAGUCACCAUUGCCAACGUGCAGCCAGCUCCUUCGCCUCAAUCCGUUUUUAGAUGCUCAGGGCGUCCUCCGGACGUUCAAAGGUAGCUGGAGCGUUACAAAGUCCAAAUGGCAUAACUGUGAAUUGCCAUAA